AUGUCGUCCUACGCUCCGUCGACCAUGGCCUAUCCUGCCGCUGCAAGCAUGACUGCCUUGAGCAUUCCUGUCGUCGACGACCCGGCAGAGGAUUCGAAGAGCAAGUCAUACAGACGCUCCCGCUCAGGCUGCUACACUUGUCGGGUCAGAAGAAAGAAGUGUGACGAGACCCGUCCGUCUUGCCAGGCAUGCACGAAGCUGGGAUUGAAAUGCGACUACAAGCCACCCCUGUGGUGGAUCAGCGUCGACCAACGGCGCGUGCAGAAAGAGAGGAUCAAAGAUCGAAUUCGACAGACAAAGACAAUGGAGAAGCAUGGGUCACUGCAAGAAUACAUGGAACGAAUCCGUGAACUCAGUCAGAAACCUGCGACGGUUGCUGUGGAGUACGACUUUAACCGCCCGCUCUGGGUCGAGCAGUACAACCCGUUGACAACUUCGCUAAUGACACCGGUCGUUCCGUACGAAUUCGAUAUCAGAACUAAUCAUGAAACUUUUCUCAACAACGCGCCUCUCACAAAUAAUGCUUCCCUGUCAGCAUUCGGUUCUCUGAUCCCGCAACAGCCUUACUCGACUAUUCCAGAAUUACCUUCGGAGGUCUGCUUCCCAAGCUACGCAACCAGGACCCCAAAUUACAGCCCUGUGAGCCCUGCGGGGCUAGUUUUUCCAGACCGGCCAUUAUCCUCGUACCUGCAGACCACGGUUCCCCUGGAUGAUAACGAUCGGUCACUUCUCAAUCACUUCUUGGAUAAUGUCCUCCGGCUAGUCUUCCCUAUCGUUGAAGCUCACCAGCAGACCUUCCUUGUCCGUGCUAGAGAGAUUCUCAACUACCUGCAGAACAAUCGAUCAUACCUCCACUGUUGUCUCAGUGUUUCUGCCAUUCACCUCAAAACAAGCCGGGGACUGACGGAUGAGAUGGACCACGACAUCAUGCGACAUCGUUAUGAAGCAAUCUCGCAGCUCUGUCGGGCACUGAGUGACGGACCAAGCCACGAACACGUCUUGGAUGCAACGCUGGCCAUGAUCUUUUACCACUGCUCUGUCGGUGAGCCGGAUGAUUAUCUGCCGGAUAUCCCAUGGAACACACAUUUUAAGGCAGUGUCCAAUCUUGUCAACAAGCCAACCAGCGCGCCGACCCAAUUCAGUGUAUCCAUUAUCACAUGGAUUGAUAUUCUGGGAGCCACAAUGAUGGGACAGACUCCACAUUUUGCUCACACCUACCGCACCAAGCAUCUCAGUGGCAUCGCAUCCGGUCUACAGCAAGUUAUGGGCUGCGAUGAUCGCAUCAUGUAUUUGAUUUCGGAGAUUGCUUGCUUGGAGUCACUCAAGAUUGAAGGACGAGUCGACGAUAUGGCUGUAUGUCAGCACGUCUCUGCGCUGAGCGCACAGCUUGACUGGACCGAGCCAGCGGAGCGAACGCUCGAUGUGCCGUAUUCACCCUCUGGGGUUGUCCAACCUGAUCAGUUGACAAAGGUCGUCACAGCGUUAUUUCGCACCGCCGCACGUAUAUAUCUUUACAGCCUCAUGCCUGGCUUUGGCUUGUACGACCCGAACAACAUCAUUCUAGUAGCGGCUGUUGGGGAGAUUCUGCAAUGCUUGCCAGCAGGGGCCCUGGGGUUUGAUCGCUCUCUUGUGUGGCCACUGUUCAUUGCAGGCGCACACUCAGUGCCAUACAGCGGGUUCCGCAAGAUCUUGACUGACAGAAUCGCGGCGUUGGGAUACCUGGGAAAUUUCGGCAGCAUCGGACGAAUGUACCGAGUACUUCAGGAGCUCUGGAAGCUCUCAAAUGACCCAUUGACUUCACCAUCGGCCAGUACGGGAAGUCGUAAUUCUGGCCAAAACGGUGCGAGCUCAGAACUGCAGCCUUCGGAGCAACAAAUCCAUUGGCGAGAGUUGAUGAAACGCAAGAAGUGGGAUUACUUGUUGAUAUAA